UCACAGCAAAGCCAGAAUGCCUCUUCUUGUUACCCUUUUCCUUCUCUUUCCAUGAUGGGGUCUCUCUCUCUUGCUUCCUCCAACUGUGCCACACUUUCGAAUGCUUCUUCAUCUCAAGAGAGUUGUGGCUAUGCCUCACCAAAUGGGAGGAGCACAAGCUGGACUUUUCCUUUCAUGAGGGAGUUCCUUUCCUCUAACUUUGAAGUCUGUAGUGAUGUUGUUGGGGUAGGGGAAAGUAACAGUUGUGACAAAAUAAAGCAAAGUGCCAGGUUCAAUGAAGAGAGUAACCCUAAUGAGAACCUUGUCAGUGGCAAAGAGGUUGAUAGUGGAAACUCCAAACUUUGUGCAAGAGGGCAUUGGAGGCCUGCAGAAGAUUCCAAGCUCAAGGAACUUGUGGCUCUUUAUGGCCCUCAGAAUUGGAAUCUCAUAGCUGAAAAACUAGAAGGAAGAUCAGGGAAGAGUUGUAGAUUGAGGUGGUUCAACCAGUUGGAUCCAAGGAUCAACAGAAGGGCAUUCAGUGAAGAGGAGGAGGAGAGGCUAAUGCAGGCACAUAGAAUCUAUGGCAACAAAUGGGCCAUGAUUGCAAGGCUUUUCCCGGGGAGAACAGAUAACGCAGUGAAGAAUCACUGGCAUGUUAUAAUGGCCAGGAAGUACAGAGAACAAUCCAGUGCUUACAGGAGGAGGAGAAUGAGCCAAUCUGUUUACACAAGAGUGGAGCAAAAUCCAAGCUUUGUUUGCAGCAGAGAUAAUAAUAAUAAUAAUGAUAAUAAUAAUAAUAAUGCCUCCACAACUGAACCAGAACCAUCACCUUCCUAUUGUCUCAACCUCCGCCACAAUGGAGCAGCACUCAGCAAUAACAUGCCUAGUUUCCCGUCCUUCCAAGGAAUUGUACCAGCUGUGGUUGGUAAGUUUGGCUUGAAUGGUUAUGGUGAGAGAGAAGCAAUGUCAAACACUCCACGACAUGUUGGAAUGUGUGCUCAACAAGCACCAUUUGAUUUCUUCUCUGUUGGUAGAAGCAAUGACAUGAUGGGGGAGUCUACGAGCCAGGUCAGAUUCAGGGAAAGGACUAAUGAAUCUCAUAACCAUAAUUGCCAAUUAUCUGGUUUCUACCCUCAUUACCCCCAACAACACUUGACGGCAAUGCAACAACUAGACAACAAUUUUUACAGUGUUUUGAAAUCCUCCUCAGCAUCGACAACAAGCACAGCCAAGGAACCAUCAUCAUCACCAUGUGUCGCAGAAAUGAAAGAUAAAGUGGUGAAUAGUGACCCCCCAGAUGGUGUUCCACUUCCACCCCAAUUUUUUGACUUCCUUGGAGUAGGAGCCACAUGAUCAGAUGAUCCAAAAGCUGCAAACUUCCCCGGAAGUUCCUCAAUAUAGGUGUGGUCCAACAUAACUGAGAAGCCAUUCGAGGCAUAUAGAAAGGAAAGGAUAGUUGCUUGAGUUUGGUUUGGUGCACUGUGUAAACUUGCGUCACUACCUGUGUGUUGAUGGUGAUAUCACCCGUCUCUAUUGUCAUUUCCUUUUUUUUCUCACAUAUGGGGGACCCUUCUGGAAACUAUUUCAAAAUAAUGCUCAUAAUUUAAUUCCAUUACCAUGAUCUUCCCUAUGCUCAGCUUCAAGUUCUUAUUUAUUUUUUUUCCUUUAUAUGGUUAAUUUUUUUUAGUUAAAACCAAAUGAAAGAUGGAAAGGGUCAUGUGGGGUAUUAAAUAUGUCCUAGACAUUCUUUGUUUCUUGUAAUGUGUUGUAUGGUUAAUUCGUUAGGAAUGUGUGUAUGUGAUGAUGGAGCUAAUCAAACAUUUUAGAGGAAAAAAUGUUAGGGUAGGACAAUAAUUGGCGAGGGUUGUUUUACAUGUAGCUACAGAAAGAUGAAUUGUGAACUGUGUUGGAAAAUAUUAUUGACGAGAAUAGUCCAAGUCCAAGAAGAGGAGAAAAGGGGAAUGGGUUAAUUGGAACUGUUGAGAACAUCGCUUUCUCAUGGGCCUUGAAUGCAAUAAGUGAGAGGCACAAAUUGUGCAACCGACUUCAAAUGUGCAUUCAUUGUGGGAACUGUUCUGUUCAAUAUCCUUCUCAUCAGCAGUGCUUUUGUGAGAAUUCAUGCCCCUCUCUUAUGUGUGGUCUUUAUUAAGCUUUAAAAUGAAAAUGUAUAACAAAUGCAAAUAUCAUCAUGGUUAAAUGUAAUGUACAAA